AAAAAAAAUGUUGCUCGUCGCUAACCUUGAUUCUGUCACUUACACUCGCAUUCGUGCGGAAGCAGAUAGACGUAAAGCAGAAGAUAUGGACUUAUGGUUGGAAUGCAGACAAGAUGAUCCAAUGAUUACCUUGGAAGAGGUGAAGGCACUUAUCGGUCGAUACCACAAUCAGGACGUCACCUUGCCUGAAAGACCCCGUGGCAUCAGCAAGUACAAUGUCUACUGCCAGCAAGAAAAGGAAAAGCUUCUUGGUGGAGAAUCUGGGUCAACUUAUUUAACCCCCAAGAUUCUGUCUGAGGGGUAUCAGAAACUGUCAGAUGCUGAGCAUGCCGAACUCGAAGCAACCGUUAUGACGAUGGAAAAGAGAAACGAAAUGGAAAACCUGAUUAAUACGGGUUUGUCGAGACGUGAAGUUUGGGAAACUUUAAUGAGUUUUCUCAAAGCCUUGAACCGGUUUCACGGCACAGAAUUUAUAGGAAUUUUUGGGAAAAAGAAAACCUGGAACCAUGUUUGUUGUGGAGUGAACGUUAGUGAAAUGGACUUGGGACGAUGGAAAAAAGAAGUGAGAUUGUACGUCAAUCCCAAGUCCCGUGGUAACGAUAUCCAUAUAUAAAAGCAAAAAUAGCAAUUACUACUCUAAUUUCCAAACUUAUGUUUACCCACUCCCCAUACUCGUGAACUAUUGCACAGUCAAAUAGUUUCUGGUGUGAAGGAAUCCCUCAGGAACUCAAUCAGUAAGAUCAUAACCAAUACAAAAUAAUCCUUGCCUAAUCCUAUGAUGUAGAUCGCCAAUGCGAAACCGUGUAUGAAAAAAUACCUUGGAAGCAAUUGGUGAAGUUUGAGGACCUGGGGGCAACAGUUCUCACAAGCCAAAAUAUUGUAGUCGAGAACUGGCUGUUGCCGGAUUUUGUCCAUAAGAAAUUUAUGGUAAGGGACAAUUUCAAAAUGGUGGAGAACAGUUUAAACGAUCUUAAGUUUAAACUCUCUCGCCAUUACACUAGGGCAGAUUCUAUUGAAACCAACAAUGAUU